AUGGCUCCCAUCGCCCAGCCCAUGGAACUCCCGUCCCUGCGCCGCCUGCUUGCUCUGGACAAAGACUUCUCCACCUUCGACGAAAAACUCGACCACGCCACCUCGAUAAUCGGCCAGCCCGACGGCGCGAGGCAUCGGGACGAUGCUCAGGACCCGCUGCUGUUCUACAAGGGCAGCCCGCGCACCGAAUGGGUGCUGCGCUGGCUGCUGAGCAAGCUCAAGGCGGAUGAUCCGGAGGGCCUCAGCGCGCGCAGCAGCUGGGUCGCCUGGCAGCUGCUGCGCCAGGUGUUGCUGGGCCUGCCCCAGGCCAUCUCCGCCAAGUUGCUCAACUCGCACGGGUUCCUGUCCAUCCUGGAGAAGACGCUGCAGGAAAACUUUGUCGCCCCGCACCGCGACCAUAGGCUACAAGAGGAGGCGGCUGUGAAGAGGCGGAAAGAUUGCAAGGCCACGCGCAAGCGGAAGCGCGACGGCACUCCCGUGGAAGAGCCGGACGGGUCCGAUCACGAAGAUCAGGAGCGCCUCGUAUUGUUCGAGGCCGUCGCCGGGGCCACCAUUGAAAUUGCGGCCGCGUGUUUUGACGAGGCGGCUACUUACGAGAAAUCGGUGGCCGAGCUGCUGAAGUCGGUCCUACGCACAAACACCGCGCAAGCCGCCCACCUGCUCCGGUUAUGGCUCGAAUCUGUGCAUUACCUUAUUUUGAGGGCUGCCUUUGAUGGAAGGGUUUCUGUCGAUUCGCUUUUGCCCCAUGUCCUGCAGAUCUGGAACGCCUGCGUCGCCGACCUGGGCAGUGAUGCCAGCGGCGCCACCGAGCGAUUCUCGCAGGAGUGCUUGGUCCCCGCCAUCGUUCUGCUGUCGGACAUAGCGCUCGAGGUUGAUACUUCGGUGGAGCCGAACGCUGUCGAGACUGGUCGCGACAUCGAGAGUCGGAUUAGCCGAUCUCUGGAGACUCUGCUAGCAAGACAUGUCUUCAUCCCCGCCAGAGCCUCCUUCUUUGCCGAAGCUGAGGGUCGGCAAGUGAGUAAGCCAGGUCAAGCGCCCCCCGAGUCGCUUGAUAUUUCACGCCUCCUCCAGCCGUUACGAACGGCGUUGGCUGGGACCCCGGAGGGGCGAGGCCUGACCCCAUUGGAUUCGGAUAGGCAUAAGCUGUUUGAGACAGUCGGCUCCCUGCUGGACAUUGCGGUUCGCUGCUCCCAGCGCUCCACGCCCAAGAAAAGACUGGAUGAGGCUCCGUGGCUGCAGCACGUUUUCGUGGCGCUGUGCGAGUGUAUCGGAGCUCCUGUCGACAGCCGCUCGCCACCCGAGAUUGACGAGGAUCGUCGCGCGAUUCUCGACCAGAUGCUUGAGAUUCUCUCUCGGAGGAAAGUGGCGCUGGAAGCGGAGGUGCUCGAGAAAAUCGUUCGAUCUUACUCGGGAAUUCUUGCUCCGGGUGGAAGCGCCAGAUAUUUUGACCAGCAACUCGUUUCGCGGGUGAUUGCUUAUGACGGAACGAUCUUCCUGGAUACACCGCAGACGGCUGCGGCUGAUGACGUGCGUCUGUCUGACGCCAUCUUCAACGCCAUCACCGCCGCCUCCACGGGCGGCGUCGGUUCGUCGCUCAGCUAUGUUCCAGAUGCACACAGCGACAAAUCAGGAGUCACGCCAGGCAUGAGAACCUCCGAUUUUCUCAAGGGCUCUGUUGUUGUUCCCCUCAUGAAGUCUUACGCACAAGCGAGAGACCUUAUUGGUUUUGUUUCAAAAUGGGUGUCUCAGCUCCAACAGCUGAGCAAAUCCGGUGCGCUCAUGGAAAGAUCCAUUUGGGUCGAGAAGGAAAUCACCUCGGCAGUGAGAGAUGUUCUCGAGUCAACUCUCACUGCAAAGCAAAUCUUCGACUUAUUAAACGAGCACUGGCGCCGCAUUUCUACCUGCGAAAGAUCUGCCGAAAAUGACGAGUUUUCCGAGGCUUCUGCGAGUCUCGUCAUCGUGGAUGCUCUUGUCGGCGGCUUGCAAUCGGACGACACAAUUGCAUCAGUUGCCCCCGUGUUGCAGUCGCUACAAAAGAGUCUUCUCAUUUUUACCGGCGUUUCAAAAGAGCCGGUCACUGUUGCCAGAGCACUAAGGGCCAUUUCUCGUAUUCACAUCCUCCUCAGACCCCACCAGAAACCACAGGAAGCAAGGGAGUUCACUGUUACAGUCCUUUCGCAAGCGAAGGAGCACAAUGUGAUAGACGCCAUUCGAGCUUCAGAGAAGACGGAGGCCAUGGGUGUGGGUGCACGAGGCGAGGAGGCAUUCAAUCUUGUUGCCACGCUCUGCAGCGAUUUCAUGGGCGCCCUCGACCUCAAGGAACCGGCCAAAAACCUGUUCAAUCAAUCCGCAGUCGCUCUGUUCCGCUCAAACGAGGAGAUCAAGGACCGUAUUGCGGAUGGAGCCAAACGCCGCCGUACGGCUGACCCCCUGAACGUCGCUACCGCACGCCUAGAGGUGUUCACCUUGAACGCUGCGGCCGUGCUCACUCAGUUUCCCAGUCUGUUAACUCUCCCUCCCCUCGAGUCUCUCAAAAGCCUUCUUCGCCUGCUCUUCUGGCACGCAUUCGGGGAAUUUUCUGGUCAAUACGAAGCGCCUCGCGGACUAUCGUACACUUUGGUCUUCGAGGCCAUGUCGGAUCUUGUCUUGACGAUGCAUUCCAGCGAGCUCAGGGAUCUCCUUUUCUCAGUUCUUUAUGAGGCUCUGGACUCAGAUGCCAAGUUGGGGAAAUCAAGGGAGCUCGGCGAACAAUUACGCGCAUUCGCGGAAAUUCAAUACCUCCGCGUGCCUGUUGCAGCAAUCGGCCGAAAACACCGCGAGCAAGUCCUCGAUCGGGUCACUGAGAUGUGCACUGUUACCGGGAAGAGGCGAGCAAAUUCUGAGGCCUUCUUCCGACACUUGAGUCUUGCGGCCAAAAUCAUGGAGGUACCCAACGCAAAGUCAGAACUGGCUACUGAACCUGACUUGCUGUGGACGAUUGCUCGCUCUAUGCAGGACAACCAUCUCAUCGAAAUGGACAUCCUGAAAGUGCUGGAUGAGCUUGUCCGCCUGACUCUGAAGGACGCUAUCACGGUGAAAGAUCAACCAAGAGGUCAGCAGUUCCUUGAAGGCUACAGGAAAAUGAUGAGGCGUUUCGCAAGGGAGGCUACUGUCUUCAAGGACCACAUUGCAGAGUUGAACUGCUUCAAGUCUGGACUUGUGACCCUUAAGGCAUCAGAUUUACUGUGGGACGACGAGGAAACGUACAAGACCAUGAAGAGAUACCUCAGAACCCUGGAUGGUGAUCUGGAGACGCUAUUACCCGGAGCGCUGGGCAGUGUAUCAGAGGAGGACACCGCCUUUCUCAGGGCUGUCUUGGCUGCGACCUCGGAUCUUCCGAUCCGGGGAAUGACGCGUGACGGCUAUAUCUGCAGUAUCGAGGCGAAACUUCUCAAAUGUGUUCGGAAGCGACUCAGCACGGCUGAAGCAAACACGUUUCAACAACCAGAGGCCUCGAUGUGGGUGUCGUUGACAACCGCCGUCUCAAAUGUUGCAAGUCCAGACGAGGCUGAGUGCGUUAGUGCUAUGAUCUAUGAUCUUUGGCGCUGCGAUCUUUCCGCUGGUGACCGUUACAGCCUGCUCGAAGCAACAAGGAAGGCAUUGGGCUCCCUUGGCCUUGACAAGAGAACGUCGUUGCUCUCCCAAUUGAAAUUCAACCCGGAUGACGAACAAAAUUGGCAGCCCGCUUUGGUCCUUAUGAACAUCCUGAUAUCGUCCUUACCAGAUAUUCCAAACAAAGAGGACAACUCCACGCAAGGCCUCAAUGGCUUCUUGGGGCAGCUCAGUAGCUAUCUCGACAACGUUGAGGCGAUUCGUGAUUUCCACGCUGCUCUCAAUUGCGUUGACACUAUUUUGCGUGAAAAGCAUUGGCUUGUCUCGCAAUGGGCCAUCGAACGGAUCAUUGACUCGCUCGCACGCCUCGCAUCUUCCUCCAGCCCUGAACUUCCUUCUGAACAAGCCGAUGCCAUCUACGCCCGGCUUUGCGGCACGACGCACCUCAUCCUGUCCCUCCAUCGCACCCGUCUCGGUGGUCGCUUCCACGUCCUCAUGCCUCUCCUCCAAAACCUUCUCCGCUGUCUCUUUACACCCGAGCAAAGUCGCCGCAGCCACAACAACGAAGGCGCCUCGGCACCGAUCCCCCCGACUCCGCCGCCCUGGCUCGCCGCCGCUCCCGGCCCGCUGUCACCGUCGCAAGCAUCCGCCUUCGCGCGCCUCGUCACGACGCUCUGCAACCCGACCGUGUCGGCGGUCAAGGGCUUCCACACGCGCAAGCGGCCCGCGUCGACGCUGUCAUCGUCGGCCACGACGGCCGAGCUCGUCGACGAGACGAAGAAGGCGCGCGAAUACGCGGGCCAGUACGUGCCGGCCCUCAUCGCGUCCUUCUGCACCUGCACGCUGCAGGGCCGCAUCGACCCGGACACGCGCGCGGCGCUGAUGCCCGCGCUUUACGCGUGCGCCGACGUGGUCGGCAUCGAAGCGCUGCGCGCGAUGAACGCAGGCUUGGGCGCGGGCGAGCGCGCCAUCUGGCGGGGCGUGUAUGCGGAUUGGAAGAAGUUUGGUCGGUGGGAGGGGAGGUGA